UUAUCUGUGGUUUGCUGUCAUUCUGUCAAUGUCGCCUCCAUUCAUCGAAAUUUGGAAUGGUCGACUGACAUGUAGAAUUUGUUGAGAAAGUGCAAAUCGGAAGUAAAUUUGCAAUAUUUUCGACAAUUAUGUGACUAUUUAAAAUAUACAUUUAUGAUCCUGUUUGUGAAUGUUACAUACCAUUCAUAGUUUAGUGUAUUUUCGAUUGGUAUUGUAAGCUAAUCAUAAUGGAUAAUACGGCCAUGUUUGGGACACUGGAGGCAGCCGCUCAAAUGCUUUUGGCUCCACCUAAUCUGGUGACAUCAGAGCAGCGGCAGCAAGCCCAGAAUGUUUUCCUCGAGUUUAGGAGCACUAAAAACCCUUAUCAGUUAUGCAGAGAGAUAUUAGAAAAGUCCUCAUCAGAUUACGUCCUAUUUGAAGCAGCGGGUUUAUUGAAAUCAGCACUGAUUAGAGAAUGGACACUUUUAUCUGAAAGUGAUAUCUCUUCAUUGAGAGAGUAUUUACUCAACUAUUUAUUGAGGAAAGAUACACCACCCUUUCUGCGGGAAAAGUUAUUGCAAACAAUUGCUAUUAUAAUAAAGAGAGGAAGUAUUGACGAUGGGGGACGAGAAAGAAAGGCACUGCUAGGGGAACUCGAGAAGAUUAUUCUGAGUUCAACAAUUAAUCAACAGAGGUUGGCAUGUUCAUUGAUAUUGGCAAUAAUGCAAGAAUACGCCAUCACGGUCAAGUCCGCUGACGUCGGACUCAUAUGGGAAGUGCAUUUUCGGCUAAAAAAAUCGUUUGAGGCAUUGGAUCUGAAGAGAAUAUUCAGAUUUACCGUUGGAGUGUUGGAACAAAUCAUAAGAUCGGGUCAUCGGCCUGAAGGGGAGCAGGCGUUGCUAACAAAGCAGCUGUUGACCAUCGUCGAAACAGUAUUAUGUUGGAGUCACGUGUCGCCCCUGUUAUCUAAACGUCUGAUCGGCGCUUUCGAGGCCAUAUACGAGAGCGAUACGGUGCCCGCUUUACGGCUGAGCAUGAAUUGGCGCGAUACAAUAAUGCAGCCGGAGCUUAUUGCUUUGUUCUUCGAAAUUCACAUGUACGUGAGAUCGAAUCCAGAAUUAGCCGGGCCGUCGCUCACAUGCCUGGUACAGUUGGCGAGCCUGAGCGGCGUCGUUGUGUCUGCCAGUAAUCUAAAACAGCAAUAUUUGGAGAAUUAUGUGGCGAGUUUUCUGAAUAUGAUGGCGUACAUACAGCCCGUUGAGAAGGAAAUGCUCGGCAUAUCUGAUAUUUACCGGAGGUUGAUUCAGUUCUUUUCGCCGCCCAUGAUAGCCGCAACGCCCCCGGCGUUCUUGCAAAAUUUGACAACUUUGACGUGUCAUUGUAUAAGAGGAUCGGUCCUUGAAGAAGUAUCAAAUGAGGACACAGUAUGGAGAGAAUCGCUAAACAAGUUUCUGCACACAUGGAGCUCAGUGGUUCACGAUUCUGAUGGUUUCUCUAACGAAACACUACUCAAUCCUUGCAUAGAAAUUUUCAAUACGUACUUGCAAUGCAGACUUGCGCCGCCAGACGGUACAAGGAGUGCGGAAAACCUAGAAGAGGAUAUAAAGGGCGAGUUAGAAGAAGACGAGCGUAAACUCCACAGUAACGCAUUGCUUACAAUCGGCGCGAUUGCCAGGAAAGCGCCGGCGCAUUGCUCCCACGUACUGUUCACUCUACUACAAGACAGGAGUAAAAGACUGGAGAGCCAACUGCAAUUGAUGCACAUGGGAAAGUUGCCAGUAAGCGGCGGCGAACAACUAGUCAAUCUGUUUGAGGAUUUACAUUGGAUAUUAAUGAUAACCGGUCAUUUCUUAGCGGUGGACUGCACAGAGGGAGAGACGGUGAUGAUACCCCCCGAGAUAGUCCAGUUCAGUAUUAUGGAGAAUGCUAAUAUUGAGGCGUCUCUGCGAUAUCUAGUGGGCGAGAGCACCAGCACUGAAAAUGUAGAUCCCGUGCUCAAACUAGUGGGAGAGAUUCUGCGCAUCAGCGCAUGGGAGUGCGCAGCGCUUGAAGCGGGCCUCGGCUCUGUGUUCAGUCCAGAGCUUUCGGCCACCAUAUCCUGGCUGCUGAAGAUAUGGGCCAAUUCGUACUUGAUGCCGAAUUAUUUCGUCUAUUCUGAGAUGUCGGUGGUGCUGGAGGCGGCGUUCGGGCGCGCGUCGGGCGGCGGCGGCGCGGGCGUGUCGCGCUGGGUGGUGGGGCGGCUGGCGGCGCGCGCGGCGGCCGUGCUGCGCCACGCGGCCGCGCAGCCGCAGCCCGCCGCGCAGGCGCUGCACCUGCUCACCACGCUCGCGCACUCGCAGCACAAACAAAACCCUUUAGCUAGCUGUGAAGAGUUCCUGGCGCUAGUGGCGUGGGAAGCUUCGGGAAGUAAUUUACCGGGAGAACUCAGGAAAGAGUUACACAGAGCCUUUGCUAUAGCCGCUACUUAUGCCGAAGGUGAAGUGAGGAAUCGAUUACUAGCGAGCACAGGAGCACUACAAGAGAAGCUGAUGAACAUAAUAAACAUGGAGUCGGACACCGAGCCCGUGCGCAACAUGCUCGCCAACACGCUCGACUGCUUCAUAGGCGUCACCGAGGGGGUCCUAGAGGUCGGUACAAUGGACGAACAAUUCUUAAUGUUAAUUGGUGCCUUAGACAAAAUACCUGGGAUCAUAUACAGGUAUCACAACUACCCAGGCGUGGUGUUACCAGCGUUAAAUUUACUCGCUAAAAGCGCAAAGAGGAUGCUGCAUUCAGUUCAACCGCAAAAUGUUACCAAAUUUUUGGAAGUUUGCAAUACCACCUUUGAAGUGUAUAUGCGUUGGAACUCCGGAAAGAUAUCCAGUAUACCACAAGAUGCUGAAGAGGAGGCGUAUGAGGACAUCUGCGCGCUGAUGGAGGUGAUCUGCAGCAUCGCGCGGUCGGGCGCGGAGCGCGGCGUGGGCGACACGUGCGCGCGCGGCCUGCGCGUGCUGCUGCCGCUCGUCACGCACGCGCUGCUGGCGCUGCCCGCGCUCGCGCACCACGCCUACCGCAUGCUGCGCGACCUCGACGCCUCCGACCAGUUGACAAAUCUACCAAUCGAAGACUUCAACAUGGUAGUAUCCGCGUUACGGGUGGGCCUCACUGCGGUAUCAUGUGACGUAUCCACUUUGUGCUGCGACACCAUCGUCGGUCUGUCCAACAAGGCGCGGACAUUAGGCGACGACAACCCGUACGCACUCUCCUUACUGACGCUUGCCGAACUACUAUUAAUGCUGAUUAUUAAAAUGGAAAUACCGCCGGACUCGAUACCCGCGGCCGGAGCAGCGAUUUACGCGCUGACGUGUGUCAAACCCGCGUUACUGGAGGGACUCGCAAGACAGCUCAUCGAGGCGUUUGCGAUCAACGAUCCCGCGAACGUGCCGCGAUUGGAGGAGGCGUUUGGUGUUCUCACUAAUGGAGUACUGUUCGACGGUCUUCGGCCACACAAACUGCGUUUCCAGGACAACUUUGACAAGUUCUUGGCGAGCGUCCACGGUUUCCUCAUCGUAAAGUAGAUCAUUCUCACUUGAAUGAUUGACUUGACACAUCGGUGCGUCCGAUUUGGUUUUCCUAUGAAACGGAUUUGAAAUCAUGGUGAUGCAUAAGUGAUAUGACUUUCUUUGUAUUACAAUGAAAGUAUCGAAUGUAUUGUUCCUAAGUUGAAAGAUGAGCCGACUUUAUACUUGACGAUCGAGUUGAAAGUUUACGUAAAAUUAGAUCCUAUUUAUGUAUUACAUUUUUAUGUAUAUGUUCCCUAUAGUUUUUACCUCUCUAGGUGUUAUGAUGACUUUCGAGCUUAUGAAUGCAGAGUGCAAUUUAAAUUUGAAUUAGAUUAUCUAAUAUAUCAUAUUUUACUGGAAAUUUUCUAGUAUUGACUUGUUGCUUAUAAGUUGACAGUUUAAUUUUCUUUUAUGUUCUGUAUGGCCUAUAAUGUAUAGUAUCUGUUUUAUACGUCUGACUUUUAAUGUAUUAAUCCAACUCACGUUUUUAAAAGCACUUGGUGUUUUAAUCAACCUCAAUGACCCAAAUGCGAUUAGCAAGUUUUCAAUAUUAUAGCCGUUUUGACUCUUUAGUUUCACAACGAAAGCAUAUACGGAAUCUAUAUUGUGGUUGUGAGAGUAUAAAUGCGGAAUGCAUGCUAAUACAUAACGUAUAGAUGUAUAAAUGAAGAGUACAUUUUAAGUACUUAUUAAAACUGAGUAUUGAAUUGCUAGUUAGUUAAAAUGUGAUUUUUACUCUAAGCACGCGUAAACUGUUUUCUGUUUACGUUACUAUAAAAGUGUUUAGCACUUUUGAUAAUAUUGUAUUGCAGGAUUAUUCCGUCUUAUUGUAUAAAUCGGCAGAUUAAAGAAUGGAAUUGAAGAUGACAGCUAAUUAAAUACUUUCAACAACACACACUCGCCUAUUGUUACGUUUUGCGUAGGAGUCGAGAAUUCAACGUCGACGCCUUUUGACGCUCGUAGGUGGUACAUUAGCGAGACGCGAGAAGUCAUUUUCAAUUCUAGUCUUUAAAAGCACGAGUUGUAAGGUAUUUAGUGUAAAAUAUCGUUAUUUCGUCAAAACACAUUCGUAUUUAGAUGUCUUGAACAUUUCUAAUGUAAUAAAAUUUUGCUUGUAACGCAUUGAGAGUAAAAGUUUCUUCAUCAUUACAUUUUGAAUCACGGUUGACAUAUCAGUUUUUUAUUACUUGAAAUAUUGUAUUUAGCCAUGCACAGGUUAAUGUGCGAAUUGUGCCACUACUUUUUAACAUUUCUCUGAAAAUGUUGAUAAUAAUUUUAUUACUUCAAGGCUGAAGUAGACUUGGCAUUUCCGUUCGUGGAAAUAAUCUCAAAUAUGAUGCUAUUAUUUUUGGUUUGACAUAACAAAUCAUAUAUUUAAGUAUAUUGUCAAUGGAAUUGUCUCGUUUUGUACAAUCGCGAACAAUUAGAUGACAAGUUGUUAUAUCUAAGUCAUAAUAUCAUAUUUAUGUUAAUAUUUAAUACAUUUAUCAACGGGCUAAGAUGCACACUUGAGCUAUUUUUUGUAAUAAAAAUCUAUAGUAUGCAGAUUUCAAUUGUAUCAUUAAGUGUACAGUUUUCGACAUCUUAGGGACUUUUUGAGUUUCUUUAUUAUUAUUUUUUACAGAAAUGUGUUCUGUUUACUAACGAAGAAUUAAUUCAGAUAUUGGGCCAGCGAAAACCUAUUGUUAUAGCUAAAUAUUGUAUUAAAGAAUUAUUUUCAAGUAAUAAACAUCAUUUUUGAUACAGACUUAGUGCUCUUGGAACGUUGAUAUUGAUUUUGUUGCAUGUUAUCUUUUGAUUAUGUUGUCUAAAGUAUUAUGUUAAGGUAUUCCGGGUUUCCUAUCUCCACUUUGAAAUUGACUUGAAGAAUGUAUGGAGACUGAAUUUAUUUGUAAGUUUUGCUAACAGUUAUAAGGAAGCCUGGGUAAGUUUGUUUAUAAGGAGUUCUUAAAUGUUUACUUCAUACUUUAUAGAGAAGUAUUGUCUAAAUGUUGAAUUGCUAGUUUCCAAGUUUUUAAUUGUACACCAAUAAAUUGAACAAAAAUAAACAUAUAGUCAGAAUGAAUGUAAUUGUAGAUUAUUUGAAAAGGUAUGGAAAAUAUUAUUUUAUGAAAUAAAAACUCUGCAAGUUUCCAAUGUCCAGAAGUGAAUGUUCUCUAUUUCCAAAGCUAUAUUUUUAAUCAAAGAGGCUUAUGACCUUUAUAAGCAUCUAAGUAUAGCUAGGAAACGAUUUGUAAAUACUCAAAAAAUAUUUUAAUACCUAAAUGGUACAUUAUUCUUUCAAUUAUUGUCAGUAUCUUAAAAUAAAUUGUACAAAUUUUAUAAACUGA